AUGGAGCGUGCGGUGAGCGAGCUCUUCACCUCCCGUCCUCUCACCUCUCACCUCCUCCGUCCUCCGUUCGCCUUCCCCUCAAGCACCGCGAACGGAGGCCAGGUGCCGGCGGGCAAGCAGGUCGGGGACCUCCUCCUCUUCUGUGCUGACGUCCUCGUAGCCUCCCUGGAGUACCCUGCCCGGCACUGGGUCUCGGCGGGCCUCAUGGGCGCGACCGCCGCCGCGGUGAAGGAGAUGGUGGUGGCGGGAGGUUGGGGCAGCGUCGGGGAGAUGGUGGUGGUCGUGGCGCCGGAGGCUAGUGUUAGCACCGGCGGGUGGGCAACCAGCGGCGCACGGGAGGAGGCGGCGCGUGCGACGCCCCGGCGGGCUCACGGCAACGCGCGGGCCGCAUUCGGCGGGCUAGUGGCAACGCACGGCGGCGCGUGGGAUCCGGCGGGCAAGUGGCAGUGCGCGGACGGCCCCAGCGUGCGCGCGGCGCCCCCUUGGUGGGCACCCGGCAGGCAGUGCCCAGGCGCACUUGCGGAGUGCUGGGGAGGCCAAGCUGGGCGCUGGCCCCCCUUCCUUCAUACACUGUCUCCACUGAAUUUUUUCAUCUGUGCUUCUUCGCAUUUCUACCAGAUGUAUAAAAGUAGUGUUAGCUUGUUGAAUGUAUACUCAAUCUGA